AUGUGUUCUUCUAGCCACUCUGUUCUUCAACCUGAAUACAACCAAAGAAAUGCAGUACCAAGUAUUGAAAGCACUUUGCUUUCAGGUACCAAUGCAGCACCAUCUCAGCUCAUUUUCUCUAAGCAAUACAACUUCACGGACAGCUACCUAGCCAGCCCUACGCUCCCAUCAUGGACCUACCAGGCUGUGUGCCGCCCGUCCUGUGAGGACGCCUCCUUGCCCUGCCCGGAGGAGGAGGACUCGGAUCUAGUCCCAAGCCAGCUGCCCCGGAGAGAGAGCGGGGGAGGAAACAGGCGCAGCCUCCCCUCCCUACCCUCUUGCGCCCUGAUGCCGGCGCCUAGCGGGAGCAAUUGCUGGCCCCUGCCGAAGAUGCCGGGGCUAGGGCGGCGGGGGGCGCUGCCGGAGCCCGCGGGCUGCUGCUACUGCCUGGCGGCGGCGCUGGCCCUGCUGCUGCUGCUUCUGCCCGCCGGCUGCCCGGUGCGUGCGCAGAACGACACAGAGCCCAUCGUGCUGGAGGGCAAGUGCCUGGUGGUUUGCGACUCCAGCCCGUCGGCGGACGGGGCCAUCACCUCCUCCUUGGGGAUCUCGGUGCGCUCGGGCAGCGCCAAGGUGGCCUUCUCGGCCACCAGGAGCACCAACCACGAGCCAUCGGAGAUGAGCAACCGCACCAUGACCAUCUACUUCGACCAGGUAUUAGUUAAUAUUGGCAACCAUUUUGAUCUUGCUUCCAGUAUAUUUGUAGCACCAAGAAAAGGGAUUUAUAGUUUCAGUUUCCACGUGGUCAAGGUCUAUAACAGACAAACUAUCCAGGUAAGUUUAAUGCAAAACGGCUACCCAGUGAUUUCAGCUUUUGCAGGGGAUCAGGAUGUCACCAGAGAAGCAGCCAGCAAUGGAGUCUUGCUCCACAUGGAGAGAGAAGAUAAAGUGCAUCUCAAACUCGAAAGGGGUAACCUCAUGGGAGGGUGGAAAUACUCAACCUUUUCUGGCUUCUUAGUCUUUCCACUAUAAAGGAAGACCAGAUAGGAGCCAGAUUCUUGAGCUAGAACAAGGAUUGAGUCGUUAAUGACACCCUGAACUUGGCAGAACAUGAUGAUAUUUCCAACCACGCAGUCAGACUGUCAUGGUAGAAGAAUGAUAACCUUCUAAACUCCAAUAUUUGCUUUGAAUAUUGACAAUUCCUCGGGAAACCUGCGCCUCUAAUUUAGUUUUAGACGACAGUGAUCUUUAGGAGAAAUGAAAUUAUCGACCUGAGCAAUUUGUACCUGUGAUUGUAAAGUCAAUUUCGGAUUUUAUUGUUGGGAUCAUUGACUUUUUUUCUUUCUUUCUUUCUGUUGUUGUUGUUGUUGUCCUGAUGAGACAAUUAACUCGGACCACACAAUCACUUGUCAAAGGCUCACUCCAGAGCCAGAAGAAUCCACCACCUGAUGAAGUGUUCUUUCAAUGAUUUUUUUUUCUUUGUGUUGUAUAGCCUUAAGGAAAAAAAAGAGAAAAAAAUGGCUUCAGUCUCAGUCCUGUAUUUUCUGGGGGAGGGGGAAUUCUGAACAUUAUUGUGUCAAGAAGUGCUUUAUCCAGUGAAGCAAAAUUUGCACGAUUGGAACCUAUUUUGUUUUGUGGUGUUUAUAUUUUUCAUCAACAACUUAUUUUUGUGUUCUGAUUUUUUGUGCUAAAAAUUGUAAGCUAAAUUAAUCAAUAAGACAAAACAAAGCACAUAUAUACUUUGUAGCUCCAAGUAAAAUUAACCAAUGAACAAUUCUAUGUGCACUUUUCAAAUUAUCUUUACAGAUGCAUUUAGAGAGGGAGCUAUGUGAUUCUUGAGUUAUAACCUCAAAUCCAUAAAGAAACUGACAUUUCUGAAUUAUCCUGACAUUUCUAGAAGAAACAGUAGAGGCUUUGAAUAUCUUAUCUGACCAUACCCUAAAAUAUAUCAUUUCUUUGCAUUACUGAGUGUAUUUUGGUGCUUUUAU